AAGUGUAGUCAUUGUCCAUAUUGUGUUCUUCGUAACGAUUUUUGUGAGCUGAAUUGAUUGCUAUUAUUAUUAUCUUCUUCUUCAGAAAUCUAAACAAGUGAAGAAUCGAUUUGUGUGAGUAAUAUUAGUUGAAGAAGUAUGAGUUCGUUGACUCCAGCACCUUCUUCUCUUUCCAGAACCUCCUUCUUCGCAAUUCCCUCUGCGUUCUCCAAAUUCCAAUUAUGCCCUCUCCCUUCAGUCCCUUCUUCUUCUUCUUCUUCUUCUCGCGUUCUGUGUCGCGGUGGAUCGAGCGUGCAACACGUGGCCACCGACUUCAAGCUCGUAUUGCACGAUGCUCUUGACGCUUCUGGAAUCGACACCACUCAUGCCAGGAAAGCCAGGGAGGAGUUCUGCUCACAAAUUCGGAGAUUCACCGAGAUUGAGAAGGAAACUAGCAUUUGCAUUAACAGGAGUGUUGAUUUGGGAAGAACGGCUCUCUAUAUUGCCGCGGAGGAUGAUUCUCUCGUAUCACAUUCAUCAGUUCCCCUUCCUGUGGAUGCUUUCAUUUCAAGAUUAGAUGAUCUUUCAAUGGACUAUUGUCCUCACUACAAACCUGAAUACGAUUCAUCUCCUGAGAAGUUCUUAGAGAGCAUAGAGAGAUUUCUAUAUGUUCACAAGGGUUUCAGCAGAGCCAACGAAAAUCUGAUGGAGUUACGGCCACUAUAUCUCCACUCAGUUUUGACUCACCGUUCAGGAUCAGCUGUGAUGCUGUCACUCAUAUACUCAGAAAUUAUGAAAAUGCUUCGUUUGUGGGGCCUUUUAUAUUUUGAUGCCGAAAUUUUCUUCCCUCAUGAAUGCACUUAUGUUGGCCUUUCUGUGCAGGUCUUAAAUAAUCUCAAGCAUGCAUUCUGGCCUUUCCAGCAUGAUAGUAACAAGAGUUUAUUCUUAAGGGCAGCACAUGCUGCUAACUGUGUCGACAGAUCGGAUUUUGUUGGAGAAAGUGGAUCUCAAAUUGCAUCAGCUAAGGCUGCUCAACAUAGGCUGGAUCGAGGUGUUUGGACCAGCGUGCGAUUUGGGGACAUGAGGCGUUCAUUGUCUGCAUGCGAACGCCUUAUCCUCAUGAAUAAUAAUGAUGCGAACGAGUUCAGAGAUUACAGCAUUCUUCUCUAUCACUGUGGUUUAUAUGAGCAAUCACUGCAAUACCUGAACAAGUACCAGGAAUUGAAGAACUUGCAAGCUGAAGUGAAUUCAUCGGACCCUCUUAGCAGUCUCGAAGACGAUGCGGCGGAUAAACUGAUGAUGCGCUUGAACCUCAUCAUGAUGGAACAAGGUUGGAGUCAGCCAACUUACGCCAGAAACUUCCUCGGUAAUAGCUCUGAACCAUGGUAGCUAGUUCCUCAUCCAACUCAGACAGCAUCAUAGAAGAAAUGGCAACAAAUUUUGCUGUUAUCUUCUACAAACACCAACAUAAAAGCGCCGUCGGCCCGUCGCAACUCUUGAAAUUAACAAAAUUUUCCAAGAAAUCAGGAGACACUGUCAUAAUGGAAUAUGAGAGUAACAACCUUGUAAUUAAAAUGAUCAUAUACUUUUGACUCACCUAUUUUGCUUGUAAAAGUAGAACUUAAUGUAUAUAGACAAAUAAUAUAAACAGGGUAUGAUUUAAUGCAUAUUAUAUAUUGAAGGUGAAUCUA